GUUGAGUUAGCUCAAUCAUUUGUUUUGGAUUAGACCUUUUAAAAAUGGCUUCUAGAUUGUCAAAGUUAUAAAAUGUUUUGCUAGUAAAUUAGUAAAUCCUUAAAAAACCGUAAACGCAAUCAAAUAAUGUUACAAUUUAAUUUAAAAAAAUAGUGUGUUCAAGUUACAAAGGUAUGAACUAUAAUUCAUAUAGAAGAAAGUUCAAUAUGAGGAUAAACGCAACAAGAAUGACCACUCCAAUUGAAGAAAAGGUGGAUCAGAAAUUAAAAGUGCGGACAGGGAUGGUGACUGUUAGUGAUGGAAAAAGUAGACCAAUUCCUGUAAGGUUACAUCUCUCUAUGGAAGUCUUAAGGCUCCAAAAAGAAGAGUUAAUACCUCUGGAAUCUAAACCUUUAAAUGCUAAAGAGAGGAUGGUGCAAAUUAGAAGACAAAAAGUUGGAGGUCUUGGCUUGAGUAUAAAAGGUGGAGCUGAGCACAAAUUACCAAUUUUAAUAUCAAGGAUUUACAAAAAUCAAGCAGCUGAUCAAACUGGAGAGCUUUUUGUAGGCGAUGCUAUUAUUAAAGUUAAUGGUGAAUACAUAACAGCAUGUCCUCAUGAUGACGCUGUUAACAUUUUAAGAAACGCUGGCGACUUAGUUGUUUUAACCGUUAAACACUACAAAGCCGCGACGCCCUUUUUGCAAAAACAGGAAGAUAAAGAAUCGCAACAAACCGAUAGUAAUAGUGACGAAAGAGAAGCAUCUGAUGAGAGUUUGAGGCUCACUACAAACAGUACUAGUAGUAGACCUAGUUCUAUAUAUUCAGAGUCGGAACAAGAGCCUCAAACUCGUUGGGUAGAUAUCGUCACUUUGCCACUAAUGAUGGCGUAUGUUACUAGAUACAUUUUUGGUACAGAUAAGUUAAGACCUAACGCAUUUGAAGUUAGAGGCCUUAACGGCGUUAGUACGGGCAUAAUACAUUGUGAUGACUCAGCUAUACUCUCUCAGUGGCUUAAAUACAUAACUGAUAAUAUCAUAGGGUUAACAAGUCUCCAGAUGAAAUUAUAUAACCGCAACUUUAGCGUGUCAGAUCGGAUCGAAUAUAUGGGUUGGGUGAAUGAGGGCGUUCUCAAUAAUAAUCAACCUUGGCAAAAUUAUAAACCUCGUUUUUUGGCGUUGAAGGGUACUGAUUUAAUGUUGUUUGACUCACCACCUUUAAAUGUUAUGGACUGGAGUAAAUGUCCUCUUAUGUUUAAAGUAUAUCAAACAAUGUUUCGUGUAGUUAAGGACUCGGAAAAUGUUGAUGAACGGCAACAUUGUUUUCUAGUUCAAACUUCUGGUCAAGAUUCUCGAUACUUUUCGGUUGAAACAAGACAAGAGUUACUCAAAAUUGAAAAUGCUUGGCAUUGUUCAGUUUGUACGGCCGUUAUGAAAUUAGGGAAUAAAACAUUUACAGUUAGUUGCAACGGAAAAACGGCCGGUUUGACUCUUGACUGGAACUUAGGAUUUUCUCUGCAUGAAGGUGAUUCGAAAACACCUGUUUGGCAGUAUAAAUUUUCUCAAUUGAGGGGAUCAUCAGAUGAUGGUAAAUCAAAAUUGAAACUACAUUUCCAAGAUGCUGAAUCUAGGGCUAUUGACACGAAGGAAUUGGAGUGUUCUAUCCUACAAAGUUUGCUGUUUUGUAUGCAUGCAUUUUUAACGGCAAAAGUAGCGUCAGUAGAUCCAGGUUUUUUAUGUUCAAUGAUGCCAUAAAAUUGUCGACUUAGUCAAUGAGUAUUAAAAGUACAUGUCAAAUAUGUAUUAUAACCGAUGGUUGUAAUUCAAUUGCAGAAUGCUCCUAUUGCUGUACUAUAGUUGGUACUGUUGGCUCACCAUUGGUGUGUUACGAAUUAUGGUGCUAUUUUUAAACAUUUUAUUGCAAAUCGGUAUGAUCAGUUUUAUAAUAAGGUAAUGGUGAGACUUCAUUCUGUGUAAAAGUGAUAGAAUUUUGUAAAUUGAUUUAAGAGUUUUCCAUCUGUCUUAUAAAAUGAGUCAGUAUUCUGUAAUGAAUAUGGGUAACAAUGUGACUAGUAUCUUCUAUAAUACUCUAACGAGAUUAUUUUUUAUUUAUUUGUCUUUGAUAGUACAAGUAGAAUUGCACAAUGUCUGCGUUGCACCUAUUUGUUAAAGUGGUACUGUUGGUAAUGUUCCUUCUAGAUGCUAUCAACUUAGAAAAUAUUCCUUAAAUAUACAAGACGUGAACAGCACAAUGUAUGUACAGUAGAAAUACUUAAAUAUCAAAUCACACAUCAUUGUUCAUAAUAUAGCAUUCAUGUUAAUUCUAGACACAUUAGUGCUAUCUCUAAGGUUUCCAUCCAUCAAAUUGGAAGCGAUCUUUAACCAUAUACGUAUCUUUAAUACAUACCAAUUUUAUGUUAAUACUAAUUAAAGUAGUAAGUGACUACUUUAUUGGAACAAAGAUCGCACAUGCAGUAAUUUGGUGUUGGUCGCUAUUUGCCUUCUGUAAUCAACGAUCGUAACCUUAGCACAAGUUCUCAUGACUCAAACCAAAUAACCCUUUCGAUUUUGAACCGGUCUUUCGUGAGUUUCUGAUCGGUCUAAAAGUUUGUUUGCAUUCCUUAGAAAUGUGGUGUCCAAAAACCAGUAUUUAUUACAAGUUUGAUAAUUGAUUUUGUGCCUUUUUGAGAUUUUUUUUACAAAUGACUAAUCCCGUGAUUUCUAAUUUCUGCUUCCAUUGUAGAUAGUGAUAUGUAACUUUCAAUGAUAACACAGUAGAUGUAUUUUUUAGAUGGGAGAGUAGAAAUGUCCAAAUGUCGGUCAUAUGUAGGGAGAUUUUCCAUAAGUAUUCCAAUAGAGUAGGGUGGUGUUAGAAGUUACAAAAUAAUCUGAUAGUCAAUCAUUUAUUUGUUCAAUUAUAGUAUUCAUUAGCAAUAAGUGUACUGACAGGAUUAUAUUUGUAUAAAAAAAGAUUAUGAUGAUUUUAAACUAGUUUUGAACCAAAGCAUAAGUGAUCUCUAAAUAAAUUUAAAAAAUGUAUUUAUUGUUACUUAUUGUUGGUAAAUACUUAUCUUGCAGUAUAAGUGGUAACAACCAAGUUGUCAAAUUAACUUAGUAUCGUUAAUUAGUUGUUAAAUUUUGAAUGAAUCUUAUGAAAUACAUAUAUGCAUAAAUUAAAAUUGCCGUUAGCUUUGGCUUUAAAGUUAAAAUGGUUAGUGCGUUCUAACAAUGAAAAGGUUGUGAUUUUUUCCUUAUUUUUUAUUCACCCAACAAUAGUUCCACCCUUUAAGUAAAAUUGACCAAAUUAGUGUGUUUUCGAUAUCUCAAUUGAAACAUAUAGUUAUUAAUCGUUGACAAUAUAAAUAAAUUUAUUUAGUACCCA